CUCAUCUACGCGCGCGUAGCGUACACAUCGUGUUCGAGUUUUUCCAACCUCAAAUCAACAUGACUGGUCGCGGCAAGGGAGGCAAAGGGCUGGGAAAAGGUGGCGCCAAGCGUCAUCGCAAAGUUCUCCGUGACAACAUCCAGGGCAUCACCAAGCCAGCAAUUCGUCGUCUCGCCCGCCGUGGUGGUGUGAAACGUAUUUCUGGCCUCAUCUACGAAGAAACUCGUGGCGUGCUAAAGGUAUUCCUAGAGAAUGUCAUCCGUGACGCUGUCACGUACACCGAACACGCCAAGCGGAAGACCGUCACCGCCAUGGAUGUCGUCUACGCACUGAAAAGGCAAGGCCGCACGCUGUACGGUUUCGGCGGUUAAACGCGCCCGUUUCGUUCAGUUUUACCCGUUGACGAUGCAACCAAUGACAAAAAAAACCGGUUCUUUUCAGAACCACAA